AUGUGGGACGCGUUUCGGAGAAAUCGGUCGACGGAGGAUGUGUCGACGUCACGAGACGCGCGAGAAAACGACGAUGACGGCGCCGCGCGCGCAAAGGGGGGGGCGUUGACGGCGACGAAGCGGACGAUCAAGGCGGAGGACUCCAUUAACGCCCUGAGCGCGCUGUUAGGGGACGAUGAGCGCGAGAGGGCGGAGCGGGAGAAGGAGCUGGAGGCGGACGCGCGGCGGGCGACGGAGCUCUCGCGCGAUAAAGCCGACCGCGAGCUUCGAGAGACGCGGAAAAAGGCGUUCACGAGGGCGAAUAAGGCGACGGAUCGUAUUCAGCGGUUGCAGGCGGUGUUUCUGGACGUGCCGCUCGGGAUGCUGGAUUUCCAGACGCUGCGGGACAAGACGCCGGGCGGCGAGGACUUGGGCGCGGAGCCGAACUGGUUCAAGCUCCCGGUGGAGAUGUUCGACAAGGUCACCGGCGAGCGGUUCGUGUUGGAAGAAGAGGAUGAGGAUGGGAGCGUGAGUUUGGCGCCGAAAAACGCCGACGGUUCGGAAGGGAAGGCGGAUGAAAUCGUGCGGUUGCCGGGAGAGUUCCAGGUGCCCUGUAUCCCGUACCCGUUUGUCGCCACCCCUGGAUCGUACGUUCGAUUAAAUCUGUUCGAGCCGAGGUGGUUGACGCUGUUCUCGAAACUCAUUCCACCUACUCCAGGGGAUGAAGCGGCGACGGCGGCGUCUACGUCGGCCGUGCAAGCGGUCAAGACAGAUGAGGAGGAGUUCCGCCAAGCCACCGGACGCCGCGUCUUACGCGGUCUCGACGGGAAGCAGAAGAUUGAUCUCAACACGCUACCAAUUAUCGACGCGUACGAGACGGGUGAACGCACGUUUGACAUCGUUCCGGGUUUCGGUCGCUUGCCGGAGGACGAGUUCGUGAACACCAACGCCUUUGGCGCGGUGUUUAGAGGAUUGGAUGGUCAAAUUGCUGGAGUGGGGACGAUGAUGAACGUCCAAAGCCACGACGUCGUCGUGGACGGACGAUUACUCUCGGUUUGUGCCAAGGGUGAGAAACGAUUUAAAAUUCUUCGCGUGGCGCAGACCGAGCCUUACAUAAUCGUCGACGCUGUUCCCAUAGAGGAUACUGCCCCGACGUCCGAGAGCGGGGACCUGGCGAGUGUUGAUGCGGUGAACGAAGUGUUCGACCUCAUGAAGAAAGUAGAUCCGUACUACAUGGAGGCCAUCGGGCUUGACAACGUCUCCAAGCGCGAUCUCAAGGACAUGAACGAAUUCGAUUUGGCGAACGUCAUGUUGUAUUCCCAUCCCACGUUGGCGCUCAGGCUCCUGGCGUGCGACGACGUCGAGAAGCGCCGGCGCGUCAUCCUCGCCUCGGCGAAGAGCUUCAAAAAAGCGAUCGAACUCGGGUUCACUCCACGGAAGAGUCGCUUGUUGACUACGAUCGUGAACUUCGGCUUGCUCUUCACCCUCGGAUUCGUCAUCCUGUCCAUCAAGAGCGCGCUCGAUGGAGACGCGAGCGGUCUCGACAACAUCAAUUUUUAG